UAACAUCGAGUGUGAAACAAAGAAAUCUUAAACGGGCUCGAGUAUUAAAGCUAUAACCAAAACAUCUCGGUGAAGCUUAGAACAAGCAGCUGAUCUUUAAGCUCCCCUAAGAAACCAGAGCCGCUGUUCGACCCUUGGCCCCCAACAAAUGAUCCCCGUGAUGAAGAGAGCUCUUAAGUUUAACGAGUUUCAUUAUUCUGACGAGGACCCCAACUGUCACCUUCUCUACUCUUAUCAUUCUGCCAUGGAAGGACUUGCAGCUCAACUAUCUGAGUCCGAGGUUGAGUCCUUGAAAAAGUUUCCCGAUGUUAUUGCAAUAAGACUUGAGGGGCGUUACAAAUUCUUGGGACUAAACCCCACGAGUAGUGCUUGGUAUAACUCCGGAUUUGGUCGUGGAACGAUAAUAGUACUGGAUAUUGGAGUUUUGCCUGCAAAUUGUAACCGUAAACUUGUUGGUGAAAGGUUCUUUACCAAGGAUCACCAAGUAGUUUCAAAGUCAUCACCAAGAUAUAUAGUUCAGGAAUACAUUUCCCCAAGGGAUUCCCACGGGUAUGGAACUCACACAUCAUCAACAGCUGGGGGAGCUUCAAUUCCAAUGGUGAGUGUAUUUGGUAAUAGAGCUGGUGUGGCCCAAGGUAUGGCUCCCGGCACCCACAUUGCCACUUACAAAGUUUGUUGGUUUAAUGGCUGCUAUAGAUCUAAUAUCCUGGCUGCAAUGGAUGCUGCAAUAAGAGAUGGAGUUGACAUCCUCUCCCUCUCUCUCUCUCUUGGCGGCUUCCCUCUGCAGAUUUGUUAGGAUACCAUUGCAACUGGCAGUUUUCCAGCAAUGGAGCAUGGAAUUUCAGUUAUUUGUGCAGCAGGAAACAGUGGCCCCAUACCAAGCUCAGUUGCCAAUGAAGACCCUUGGAUUGCUACCAUUGGUGCAAGCACACUUGAUCGGAGAUUUACAGCUAUAGUUCGAAUGGGUAACGGAGAAGCCAUCAAUGGGGAAUCCAUGUACCCUGGCAACCGGUUCAUGACAGCUGGAAGAGAGCUUGAACUGGUUUAUGUGAUUGGUGGGAACAGCGUAGUACAAUUUGGAGGAACUGUUAUAGGGAAAUCCAGAGCUCCCGCAGUAGCUCAGUUUUCGGCAAGAGGACUAAGUUUUACCAACCGACCGGCUUUAAUGCUCAAACCAGACGUGAUUGCUCCUAGGGUCAACAUCAUUGCUGCUUGGCCUCAAAACUUAGGUCUGGCUUGUCCCCUUAUCAGUGGAACUGCUGCUCUUAUCCACUCAGCUCACACCAAACGGACCCCUGCCGCUGUUAAAUUUGCAAUUAUGACAACAGUUGAGGCAACUGACCAUUUAGGAAAACCAAUUAUGGAUGGGGAAAAACCAGCCGGAGUUUUUGCCAUUGGAGCUGGAUAUGUCAAUCCUGGAAAGGCAAUCAAUCUAGGGUUGAUAUACGAUAUCAGCCCAGAUGAGUAUGUCACUCAUCUAUGCACACUUGGAUACACAAGAUCGGAAAUUUUCACCAUCACUCAUAGGAAUGUGAGCUGCCACUAUCUUCUGCAGAUGAACAGAGGUUUUAGCCUUAACUACCCCUCAAUUUCUGUCAUCUUCAAGAGGAGAACAACGGGUAAGAAGAUCAAAAGGCGAUUAACUAAUGUGGGGAGUCCUAACUCCAUUUACUCAAUGGAAGUAAGGGCACCUGAGGGAGUCAAGGUGAAAGUCAAACCUAAAAAGUUGAUUUUCAAACAAAAUCAAAGUUCAAGUUAUAGGGUGUGGUUUAUAUCAAAGAAGAUAAUGGGAAAAGAGGGCAUGGCUUUUGUAGAGGGGGAUUUGACAUGGGUGCAUUGCAGCAAUAGUUUUUACAGGGUUAGAAGCCCCAUUUCAGUAACUUGGAAGGAUAGGCAGUAG